GUUAGUACUAAUCUGACUAAAGCCCAGCCGGAAGUUGGCCGACACAAACUGAUCUGUUUCUUGUCACACACGCUCGUUCUCACACUCUCUUUCGUUUUCAAGUCUAGGUUCUCUUUCUGGUCUUCUCCCCGCCCGGUAUCCGUUUGUGGUUUGUUUCCGGAUUCUCAUUCACACUCUUAUUCUCUGGAAGCAAACAGCCUUCAAGACAGCGACGCCCCUGGAACCACGUCUGUUGAGCUGUCUCAGCUGAGCUGGCACCAUUUCAUAGAUGCCCUGUCACUGCCAGUGGAUCGGCAUAUCAAUGGGUGGACACAUGGGCCCCUGCUAACUGUUCUAAUGGUUGCGAGGAGCGCGCAAGUCAUGAAUCGAACACGAGGUCAAGACUUCAUCUUAAAGCGAAUUCGACAGGCGAUUCAAGCACAGGGUUGAUUACUGCUCAGUCCGCAAAUGCGGCCCUUCUAUAAGAUGGGAUCUGAAAACAAGAUGCCUCCUACUUACCAGUGUCGGCUGCCAACCAAAUACCAUCAAAGCCCCAGCUGCUCGCGCACAUAGUACAUUCCUUCGUUGUCUUCCUCAUCAGCUCCAGGAGAACAUUGCCCAUUUCGUAAUUCGAAACUCUCUCGCAUCAUGGCGCCUUCGUUUUUCGCCCUGUUUCUACUUGCGGGUGUCGUUGUUCCGUCUUGCCUGGCCCAAAACCUCCCCGGACAAGGUGUGAACUGCAUGCCGGGAAAUUUCGCAACUCGCGAGGACUGCCAAGCGAACUUUGCAUACCAAUGCUGCAAUGGAAGAAUCUGCUACCAGAGUUCUCCUGGAGUUUGGCAAGUUUGCGUUAACCGUGGCGGAAGCUGAACGCUUCUAUUCCCACGUUGAUGGGGGGCGUGCAAGGGUUGUGUGAAGCAGGCGAGUUGUGCGAACAGUCUGGGAGCGGGUUUUCUGGGAUUUGCCAGGAGACUUUCACAAGCAGCAAGGCACAUCGGGGUUGAGCCGACAUACGACAUUUUCUGGUUGGGAUUUAUUUAUUCAGCAGAAGAGGGAUAUUCUAGUCUUGCAGAGCUUUUCCAAACAUUUAAAUCCCAUCAGCUUCA